AUGGAGCAGCGGCGGCUGAGCCCCGGCAGAGCCGAGCGGGGCAGCGCAGCCGAGGGCGCGGCGAGCGGCGGCCGAGGGCGCCUGGCCGAGUCCUGGCGGCGGCUGAGCUCCCGGCGCGGCUCCAAGCGCACCGGAGCCUCCUCGCCCGCGCUGCCGGCACAGAAAUCAUGGAUAGAAAGAGCAUUUUACAAGAGAGAAUGUGUCCAUAUCAUACCCAGCACCAAAGACCCCCAUAGGUGUUGCUGUGGGCGUCUAACAGGUCAACACAUUGGACAGCCUCCAAGCGCCUCCGUUACUCAGAAUGAGAAGAGUGAGACCAGGCUUGCUCGCAAUGACAUCCAGUCGGAGAAGUGGUCCAUCAGCAAGCACACACAGCUCAGCCCGACGGACGCCUUUGGAACCAUUGAGUUCCAAGGAGGAGGCCACUCCAAUAAAGCCAUGUAUGUACGUGUGUCUUUUGACACAAAGCCUGACCUUCUUCUGCAUCUGAUGACCAAAGAGUGGCAACUCGAGCUCCCCAAACUUCUCAUCUCUGUGCAUGGCGGCCUUCAGAAUUUUGAACUUCAGCCAAAACUCAAGCAAGUCUUUGGAAAAGGACUUAUCAAGGCUGCAAUGACAACUGGAGCAUGGAUAUUUACUGGAGGAGUAAACACAGGGGUCAUUCGGCAUGUUGGAGAUGCCCUGAAAGAUCAUGCCUCAAAAUCUCGAGGGAAGAUCUGCACCAUCGGUAUAGCUCCCUGGGGGAUUGUGGAAAACCAAGAGGAUCUGAUUGGCAAAGAUGUGGUCCGACCAUACCAGACAAUGUCCAAUCCCAUGAGCAAGCUGACAGUGCUCAACAGCAUGCAUUCUCAUUUUAUUUUGGCUGACAAUGGUACUACUGGUAAAUAUGGAGCAGAGGUAAAGCUUCGUAGACACCUGGAAAAGCACAUUUCACUUCAGAAGAUAAAUACAAGAAUUGGUCAAGGGGUUCCAGUGGUGGCCCUUAUUGUGGAAGGAGGUCCCAAUGUCAUCUCCAUUGUCCUGGAGUACCUGCGAGACACUCCUCCUGUUCCCGUUGUGAUUUGCGAUGGCAGUGGCCGAGCAUCUGACAUCCUUGCCUUUGGCCACAAAUACUCUGAAGAAGGAGGACUUAUCAAUGAGUCUUUGAGAGACCAGUUGCUAGUUACCAUCCAGAAGACUUUCACAUACACCCGAACCCAGGCACAGCACCUCUUCAUUAUCCUCAUGGAGUGCAUGAAGAAGAAGGAGCUGAUCACAGUUUUUCGAAUGGGAUCAGAAGGACACCAGGAUAUUGAUUUAGCUAUCCUGACAGCCCUACUAAAAGGAGCUAACGCAUCUGCUCCCGACCAGCUGAGCCUAGCACUAGCCUGGAACAGAGUAGACAUCGCCCGCAGUCAGAUCUUUAUUUACGGGCAGCAGUGGCCGGUGGGCUCCCUUGAGCAAGCAAUGCUGGAUGCACUGGUGUUGGAUAGAGUGGAUUUUGUGAAAUUACUCAUAGAAAAUGGAGUAAGCAUGCAUCGUUUUCUCACCAUCUCCCGGCUAGAGGAAUUGUACAAUACGAGACACGGACCAUCCAACACUCUGCAUCAUCUAGUCAGGGACGUGAAAAAGCGAGAAUAUCCAGGUUUCGGUUGGAUCUAUUUUAAGGGAAACUUACCUCCCGAUUAUCGGAUAAGCCUGAUUGAUAUUGGGUUGGUGAUAGAGUACCUGAUGGGAGGAGCGUAUCGCUGCAAUUACACCCGAAAGCGGUUCCGAACACUGUACCACAAUUUGUUCGGGCCCAAGAGGCCAAAAGCUCUGAAGCUGUUGGGAAUGGAGGAUGAUGUCCCUCUGCGUCGAGGGAGAAAACCAACAAAGAAAAAAGAAGAAGAAGUUGAUAUUGAUAUGGAUGACCCUGAGAUCAAUCACUUUCCCUUCCCAUUCCAUGAGCUGAUGGUGUGGGCUGUGCUGAUGAAACGUCAGAAGAUGGCCCUCUUCUUUUGGCAACAUGGGGAAGAGGCUAUGGCUAAAGCUCUGGUGGCCUGCAAACUCUGCAAAGCCAUGGCCCAUGAAGCAUCAGAAAAUGACAUGGUGGAUGAUAUAUCCCAAGAGCUGAACCACAAUUCCAGGGACUUCGGCCAGCUGGCAGUCGAGCUGUUGGACCAGUCGUACAAGCAGGACGAGCAGCUGGCAAUGAAACUGCUGACCUAUGAGCUGAAGAACUGGAGCAACGCCACGUGCCUGCAGCUUGCCGUGGCAGCCAAGCACAGGGACUUCAUCGCUCACACCUGCAGCCAGAUGCUGCUCACUGACAUGUGGAUGGGUCGCCUCCGGAUGCGAAAAAAUUCUGGCCUAAAGGUAAUUCUAGGAAUUCUACUUCCUCCUUCAAUCCUCAGCUUGGAGUUCAAGAACAAAGAUGAUAUGCCCUACAUGACCCAGGCCAACGAGAUCCAUCUUCAAGAAAAAGAUCCAGAGGAACCAGAGAAGCCAGUGAAAGAGAAAGAUGAGGAAGAUAUGGAACUCACUGCAAACAGCAGGAGCUGCCCACAGGACCCCGACUGCAGGCAGGCAGAAGGACCUGCCUACAGGACUCAAUAUGCAGGCAAGCCGAAGGAGCAACCCUCAAGACCCACCUACAGGACCCGUUUGCAGGCAAUGCUAGGACGGGGCAAUGGAGAGUCCUCAAGAAAGAAGGAGGAUGAGGAAGUUCAGAGCAGGCACAGAAUGAUCCCUAUUGGAAGAAAGAUUUACGAGUUCUACAAUGCUCCCAUCGUGAAGUUUUGGUUUUACACCCUGGCAUACAUAGGCUACUUGAUGCUGUUCAACUACAUUGUGCUGGUGAAGAUGGAUCGCUGGCCAUCUAUUCAGGAGUGGAUUGUCAUCUCAUACAUUUUCACACUGGGAAUAGAGAAGAUGAGAGAGAUCCUCAUGUCAGAGCCUGGCAAACUGCUGCAAAAAGUCAAAGUUUGGCUCCAGGAGUACUGGAAUGUUACCGACCUCAUAGCUAUCCUCCUGUUCUCCGUGGGGAUGGUUCUCCGCCUGCAAGACCUGCCUCUCCGGAGUGACGGCCGCGUCAUCUACUGCGUCAACAUAAUCUACUGGUACAUCCGGCUGCUGGACAUCUUCGGCGUGAACAAGUACCUGGGGCCCUACGUCAUGAUGAUCGGGAAAAUGAUGAUAGACAUGAUGUACUUUGUCAUCAUCAUGUUGGUGGUUCUGAUGAGCUUUGGUGUGGCAAGACAGGCAAUUCUCUUCCCCAAUGAGGAGCCUUCAUGGAAGCUGGCGAAAAACAUUUUUUACAUGCCUUACUGGAUGAUCUAUGGGGAAGUGUUUGCAGACCAGAUAGACCCACCUUGCGGUCAAAAUGAAACCAGAGAAGAUGGCAAAAUAAUCCAGCUACCUCCCUGCAAGACAGGAGCAUGGAUCGUUCCUGCCAUCAUGGCCUGCUACCUCUUGGUAGCAAACAUCCUUUUGGUGAAUCUCCUCAUUGCAGUUUUCAACAACACAUUUUUCGAAGUCAAAUCUAUAUCGAACCAAGUUUGGAAGUUUCAAAGGUACCAGCUCAUCAUGACAUUCCACGAAAGGCCUGUUCUCCCACCACCUCUGAUCAUUUUCAGCCACAUGACGAUGAUAUUUCAACACCUCUGCUGCAGAUGGAGGAAGCAUGAAAGUGACCCAGAUGAGAGAGACUAUGGACUGAAACUUUUCAUAACUGAGGAUGAAUUGAAAAAAGUCCAUGAUUUUGAAGAGCAGUGCAUUGAAGAGUAUUUCAGAGAAAAGGAUGACAGAUUCAAUUCCUCCAAUGAUGAAAGAAUCCGUGUCACUUCAGAAAGGGUGGAGAAUAUGGCCAUGCGACUGGAAGAAGUAAAUGAGAGAGAGCACUGCAUGAAGGCCUCUCUGCAGACCGUUGACAUCAGGCUUGCUCAGCUGGAAGACAUGAUGGGACGAAUGGUGACUGCCUUGGAAAAGAUGGCUGGGAUUGAGAGAGGAGAGACAACCAAGAUCCGAUCCAGGACCUCAUCCGACUGUACUGAUGCAGCCUACAUUGUGAGGCAGAGUAGCUUCAACAGCCAGGAAGGAAAUGCCUACAAGCUUCAAGAGAGCAUUGAUCCCACAGGAGAGGAGUCCAUGUCCCCAACGUCACCUACGAUCACACCCCGCUUGCGAAGCCACUCCUUCUAUGCCACAAAUAUGAAGGACAAGUGUGGGUUGGAAAAGUUGGAAAGCAUUUUUAAGGAAAGAUCUCCAAGCCUGCAUCGGGCAAUCAGCUCCCACUCAAUAGCAAAAGAAGGAAAGGCUCCUCUUCUACCCCCUACCAGCACUUUGUCAAUCGCCCCAGACUCCAGAAGACCUUCAUCCUGUAUAGACAUCUAUGUUUCUGCCAUGGAUGAGAUGCAUUCUGACACAGAACCUCUCGAGAGCGCUAUAAAUACUCUUGGUCCUGAAGAUGCAGCUCUGCCAGCUCACAUAGCCUCUUGCCUUUUAACUAAUAGUGCAUACAUCAGCAGUACAGCUGGUGAAAAGAUCUCUGGCAGGAGUCUUGAUUAUGAGGAAACUUCUGGAAUAGAAACAAGAGCAUUUUCUUCAGACUAUUCACAAAUCACAGACUGCCAAAUCCCAUGGGAUUCAGACCCUCCCUUGUACCAUACUUUAGAGCGAUCGAAAAGCAGUCGUUACCUGGCUACUGCUCCAUUUAUUCUGGAGGAAACACCAAUUGUGAAAUCUCACAGCUUCAUGUUCUCUCCUUCUCGAAGCUACUUCAGCAGCCUUGGCGUCCCAGUCAAAACAGCAGAGUACACAAGUAUUACAGAUUGCAUAGACACGAGGUGUGUGAGUGCUCCCCAGGCCAUUGCAGAGAGGGCCAGCUUCCCUGGAAGCCUCAGGGGCAAAGUGGAAGACUUAGGAUGCUGCCACCCAGAGAGAGAAGCUGAACUAACCCACCCAAGCUCUGAUCAUGAGGAUAUUGAGGUCAAAGACAAGAAGGCAAUCCCCUUAUCUCCUCAAGACAGCAGUGCUUCAACAACUCUGCCUAACAGCAUCCCACUCCCAAAAAUAGAGCGAGCCAACAGCUACUCUGCAGAGGAGUCCAACGUGUUGUAUGCACAGCACACACGAAAGAGCUACUCCAUCAGUGACAAACUUGACAGGCAGCGAAACACGGCAGGUCUGCGGAACCCCCUGGAGAGAAGUAAGUCCUCGAGGCCAGAGAGCAGAGGGGACAAUGUGUCCAUGAGGAGACUGUCAAGAACUGGAGCCUUCUGCAGCUUUGAAAGCAAGCACAGCUAGGCUUAUACAAAGCUGACCAGCAGUCUAAGGGUCAUCUGCUUUUCAGCCUGUUUUUCUUAGCAGAAUUUUUAAAAAACCCUCACAUCACCCCAUGUUGAGCCCAGCUGGCACUAGCCACAGGUCAAGGGAGCACAUUUUCAAUCUCAGCAUCACCACUGACGUACUCCAUCUUGACCUAGUUGGUAUUUGCACUUAAGAAAAAAGGGAGGGAUGAAAGCUUUACAAAACCUUCAGUAAACAAGAGGAAUAACAAGCCCCCUUAAUGAAGUCAGAAGACAUAGAUUGAUAGCUCCAGAUAUCUACCUUUAUUUAGAGGGCAUCCUAAGACCUUUUAUCAUUAUUCAAGUUUUUAAGAUGCAGGAAUUAACUGGCAAAAAAAGAGAUGUACAAAUUAGACGUUC